GUGCGCAUUCUGAUUGGGCCGCUGAGGUCUCAGAAAAACAGGUUGCGCCAUAUUGUCGGUUUCCGAGAGCGUUAAUGUUACGUCCCUGUGAAGAUGACAGAAUAGUAGGUGUCAUCUUAGUUGGAAACAUUUCUGCCAUGGCUUUGAUAACAUGCUUGCUUGUUAUGUUUAUUACUAGACGCUAACACGGUGAUUCAUUUGUCGUUCCUACGGCCUACAACCGUUCGCAUCGAUACGUUAGCCGAUGUUGUGAGUGGAGCGGCGGUGCCCCUCAUCACGCGCUUAACCUGUUUCUGCUCAGGUCUUAAACGUAUUUUAAAAGCUAACUUUAUCAACCCUAUACGCUAAGAUGGCGUUCACCGGGGCAACGGAAGACUCAUCUACGGAGGAUUGCACCUCUAAACAGGGGUCUAGUGUCUGCCUCCGAAGUCGACCAUACUCCAGCGAGAGGGACUCUCAGGUACGGGAUGUCAAAGCGGCUCUUCAGUCCAGACUGGGGCCCUACGAGCCCGUCCUGACCUAUCUACAGUCCGUCUUGUUGUGGGAGAGACCCUUUCAGUGUGUGCUUCUCUACACUGCGGUCAACGUUGUGUUCUGGUUCUUCGCCCUGACCACACUGCGCCUGCUGUUCCUGCUGGCUUCUGGUCUGGCUGUGAUUGUUUGUGUGGAUACCUGGAGGAGCAAGAUCUGGCCAGAGAUUAGAGUCAGAAACCUGGAUGAAUCAGAAAAUGAGAGCUGGGGUCUGGUGCAGCCUGGAAUCCUCAGUGUGCCUGAACUGUGCCACCACAUAGCUGAGGCCUGGGUCAGCGGAGCAGUUCUCAGCUCCAGUGUGGUGCAAUACAAACGACACAACCCUGGCAAGUUUUGCAUCCUGACCUGCGGCGUGUUCUCCUGUUUGGCAAUGGUGGGACACUACAUUCCCGGUUUGGUGCUCUCCUACUCUGCUGUGUUAGCUAUUCUCCUGGCACCUCUGGCAGUCUAUCACAGGGUUUUUCAGCAUGUGAGCGUGAAGCUGGAGCCAGUCCUGCAGCGGCUGGACUUCAGCGCUCAUGGAUACAUGAUGUCAAAGCCCAUUGAUAAUCAGUUCCUGCGGCGGCCUUUCUAUGGUGCUGCCUCAGGUGAAGCCAGUGACAGUGAGGAGGAGUUGGCUGCUUUCUGCCCUACAUUUGAUGAUGCUAUUGCUGCGAAGGAACUUGCACUGACUGACUCUGAGCACUCUGAUGCUGAGGCGUCCUACACUGAUAAUGGAACAUUUAACCUAUCACGUGGCCAGACUCCACUUACAGACGGCUCUGAGGAUCUUGACAGACACAGUGACGCUGAGGAAUCCUUUGCUCAAGAUCUCCCUGACUUCCCCUCCAUAAACCCUGAUGCCACUCUGAUGGAUGAUGAUGAUGACACCAGCAUCGGGCUACCUAGCCUGGGUCUGUCUGGGCUAGCUAGUCACCAGGCUUCAGUGCUGGAUAUGGAUGCUCAUUUGGACUCUGACCAGGAUGAUCUGGAUGCAGAAAUUUCUCUCAGCGGCCUGCCACCUGCCUCUGACUUCACUGGAGACUUGGCCGGAGUCAUUGCUAGCAGCAUGGUCCAGGCAGCACUGGCUGGGGUGAUGCAACCUCGAAUUCCUACCCAGCGUAGACCAGGCCCUCCCAAAGCUGGGGGCCACCGAAGUUAUCGCAAACAAUCCAGUUCUGAGCUGGACACAGACUUAGAUGUAGAAGACUUUGAAAUGCUGGAUCAGUCUGAACUGAGCCAGAUGGAUGCCCUUGGAAGAGGAGGGGGUAGUAGACAGGGAGAGAGCCAGGGGUCUAACUUCUUGUCUAGCCUGCUGGGUAAACCGCAGUAAGAUGUGCACGUGUGUGUGGUGUGUUUAUAUCUGUGUGCGUGACUGCGACUUCAUCUGCAGUGAACAUCGAUGAGCUGUGAAUGUGCAUUGUGAAGGAUGAUUUAUAGGUUUUUACAGCCCUGCUUCUUACAUUAUUGGCAUAAGUUCAUCACUGUGAAGGAAUUAAUUUUUUAUAUCUUUUCAAACUUUUUCUCUCCUACUUUUAAACCCUGAUAAUUUGGAAAACUUUUAUUUUGUAAGCUGAGCAAUAGGAAACACAACAAACCAUAAAACAAAUUCAUACAUUCACUAAACCAGCAUUACUGAACCUCCGCUUGUAACUUUAUGCAGCUCAAAGUUACAAGGGUACUUCCUGGUGACUAUAAAUGAAGAGCAACAGGAGGUCUAAAUAUACAGGGCUAUUUAACAUGGGACCAAAUAUGACAUUCCUGUUAGUUGAGCCGAGCCAUGCUGUUUUGAUAAAGCGAUUAUGGAGCAGCAUUUCAUGAUAUAACGUUCUUUAUUGAGUAGAAUGGUUGAGAGAUAAACCAGCACCCAGAUUUUGCCAAAGAACAGCCGUUUGUUUCUGUUUAUAUCAGUUCUCUGCUGCCCUGUCUUUUAACAUGUGGGUAUAAUCUGUUAGAAGAUUUAUUUGUUGUUACAGGUAUAGAGAGAUAAAAUUACAAUUUUUUAACACUUGUAAGCAGUUGUGGAUCUGGAUAGUAAUUCUUCUCUACAGUGAAGAUGGAUAAUAUUGACUUUACUUAAUAUUUAUUUUCCUGCUGUCUGACAUAUGAAGGCAUUUUGAUCCAUUUUUUGGGGCUUAUCCCUUUUAACAAAUGGCCCAUUACACUCCCAUGAAAUCUGAACCAGAGGCUCAUUUAAUGUAAUGUUUGUUGUUUGCUGUAUUUAUGAACUCGUGCCCCAUGAGUUCUUUUUUCCCCCUUUGUUUGAAUAACUUCAGGAUAUUUCACAUUUUCCUGCCCUUUAAUACAGCUCAUACCAUAUUGUGUCCAUAUUUAAUACCUUGAAUGAGCCAUCAGGUUUGUGUUUUACUUUUCAGAAGUAAUAUUUAAGCAAAUUUUCUUUAUAUCUUUUAUCAUCUUUGUAUUUUAGUCAUGGUGAACUUUUUAAGAGACAAGUCAAAUAUUCUUCAAUUCAUAAAUCUUUUACUAUUUUAAUGGAGAAAGAUGUUUACAUCAAAAUUUGGUAUAGAAAAUUAUCCUUACAGCCUGCUGUUAGUAUGUAAGGGUUUAAAGUGGCUGUCGUGUGCUGAUGGACAAACCACUGUCAAUAUGUCAAAAUGUUGCAGUGGAAAUGGCACUUCACGCUUAAGUGAGCCACACUGGGGAUUUAUUGAAAUGCAUUUAUCAAAGGUUUUUGAUCAUGUGUUGAGUAGAAAAUCAUAGCUGCAAAAGAUGAGCACAAUAGAAAUAAACCGCUGGAUCCAUGCUGUGAAGUAGGAAAUGUGUGCACUGAUUGCUGGGAUGCUGUGGCUAAAGAAAAGAAGGAGAACUUCAUACCAUUUUGUUUAACUUGGGUCGACCACCUCAGUUAUCAAGAAUGUUUGCUGCUCUGUGAAGUCACUUCCUCAGUGUGAGCAAUCUGUAGUCACUUUGAUAGUGUCAUGUGCAUAGUUGUGUAUUUUGUUCAUCAUAGCUGGUUUUGAUAUGCUUUGAUGUGCAAAUCAUAUUGA